AUGACCAAUGUUCUUGCUAGAGCUGCAAGUAUUAGAAGAAAAUCAUCUUCCUCAUCAUCAUCAAAUAACAAUGAAAAAGAGAAUAUAAAUCAAUCUACAAAUGUCAAUAAUAAUAAUAACAAUUCUAGUUACACUACUCAAUCAAGUAAAAAAUAUUUUAAUUAUAAAAAUUAUACUUAUAAUAAUAAUAAUAAUAGUACAAACAAAAAUGAUAAUAAUAAUAAUAACAUUACAUUAAAUCACGAUCAAAAUCAAAAAUCAAAUAACAACCAAAUUUCAUCUAAUAAUAAUUCUAAUACUAAUCAAAAAACUCCACCAUCAAAAUUAGUAAAGUCAAAAUUUCCACCUCCACCACCAACUCCUAUUCUGCCAACUCAACUAUUAAGAUCAUCACCAAGUUUAACAGAUUGUUCACCUCCUCCACCAUUACCAAUAUCUCGAACUUCAAGAUCUAGUUCGUCUCCUAUUUCAUUGAAUUCAAUGAAAAGUUCAACUUCUCUAUCUACAAUAAAUUCAACUAACAAUAAUAAUAAUAAUGAUAAAUUAAUUAAAACUUUAUUGAAAAGAUAUAAAAAAUUGGAAUUAGCUUUAAAUAAAUUUAAUUCAAGAAAAUAUAACCAUACAUAUAAUACAAAUAAUCUGAAUAAUGGAGCUAUAUUGAAAGGUAAUUUAUUAAGAACUUCAUUAAUUCCAUUUUUAAGAAGUACUAAUCAAUUAGAUCAAUUUUUCAACAAGGAUUCUAAAAUAUAUAAAAGUUUAACUAGUGUAAUAUUAGCUGUAUUAAUCAAAUGGUGGAAUUCAUUAAUAGGAAAUUUAAAAUAUACUAUAAAUUCAACUAAACCAAAUCCAAAUAUUAUAUCUUCAAUUAAUCAUUCAGAAUUGAUACAUUAUACAAAUAUACCAGCAAGUGAUAGAAAUGCAUACUUGGAAUGUGUUUCAAGAAUAAUUUCAAGAGAAGAUUGGCAUUUAUAUGAUGAUCAAAAUGAUUAUCAAACUUUACUUACAACAACAUUAGACUAUUGCAUAGAUAAAUUGUCGACUUUAAAAACAUUGACUGGUUCAAUGGCAGCAUUUGUUGGGAAAGUCUUUGCAUAUAGUUUUUUCAAAAUUCCAAAUGUUUCAAAUGCAUUAUUAUUUUUAUUAAAUGUUAAACAAAUUAAUUUAGAAAAUUCGUUAAAAAUAUUACCAGAUAUAAAUCAACAAGAAAAAAAUGAAAAUUUAAAUAUUGUUAAAUCCAAAUUUCCCAAACAUUUACAUCACUUAUUGAAUUUUAAAGGAUUACAAAAUUUAACAACAAGAGGUCAAAAAUGUUAUAUGAAUUGUACUCCACCACCAAAACAUCCAGUUGAUGGAAUCAAAAAUCCAAAUGGUGAUUGGGUUAGAAGAUGGUGUGGAUCAGAUUCAAAUGUUUUUAAUUCAUUCUUUCGUCAUUAUGUUGAGAUUAUAAGAAGAAAAUUUAUAGAUAAUGUUGAUAACAAUCUUUUGUUAAUUUGUCCAGGUUUUAGCAUUAUUUUCAGUCAUAUCUACCAAAUUUUCAAAAUAGCUGUUACAAGAAUUACUGCAAAUAUGAAAAAUUCAAAAGAAAUUAUAUCAUCUUUUAAUUUGAACAUCAAACAAAGUGAUAUGUAUUAUAGUUCCAUCAUUAAAAUUUUUAAAACUAUCAGAGAUAUUACAUAUGUUGCAACAAGAGAUCAAAAUUUGGAUAAUAUAAGUGCUAAUUUAGUUAAAAUAAUCGAUUUGUGUUUCAUAUCAAUUGCCAAAGAAACAACAAUAUAUGAUUUCAACAAGAAUGGUAUAAUUUUGGGAAUAUUAAAUGAAUUUGUGAAUCAUAUUGAUUUUAAUUCUUGUAAUAAUGAAGUUCAAUAUUUAAUAAAUUGGGAGUUUUGGUUAAGUUGUAAUUAUAUGAUGAUAAACCAUUGUGAUCAUAUUCAAAGUUUAUUAAAAAAUUUUGCAUUUUUAUUCAACGUAUGGGAUAUGAUACCGGAUGUUUUGAGUUCAUUUAUUAGUAAUAGUACAAGAUCAAAUUCUACAAAUGCUUCAAUUGAUGAUGUUAAUUACAAAUGGAUUACAAAUAUUGAAGAAUCAUUUAAAUUAAAUUUUAUAAAUUACUUAAUUAGUGAUGAACAAUUUGAGAAAUUUUUCAUUCAUUGGAACCCAUUAGUUAGAUCCUACUAUAUUAAAUUAUUAAUUUGGAGAGUUAUCGGAAUAAAUAACUAUCAAUCAUCAUUUUCAAUUCAAACUACAAGAAAAUUACAAUCCAAAUUAGAUCAAUCAUUUGAAAUUUUACUGAAUUAUACAAUUGCAAAUAAUGGUAAAUUAGAAUUAAAUUUCAAACCUGAUAAUCCAUUAGUUAAUAGGAAAUUCAGCAUUUUACCAAUUAGUGCAAAAGAUGAUUAUUUAUCAAUAAGUGGUGAUGGAAUUACUGGAAUGAAUAGUCAAUCCGAAGUUUAUUUAUCUGCUACAUCAUUAAAAUCCUCAGAAUUAAGAAAAACUCAUCCAUAUGAAGUGUUUGAUGAAGCUAUUUAUACGUGUGCAACAGUUCCACCAAUUAAUGAGACCAACAAUAACAACACUAGUAGUGCUCAACCAACUGCGUCUCCACCACCGAAAAAUAAUUCAAUAGUGACUUCAAUUGGUAAAUUAUUAAAAAUCUUAUCAGAUGAAGAAAAUAAUCAAGAUAAAUUUCCACAACCACCAAUAAAACAUUCAGAAUCAUCAAGUUCAUUAUCAACAUCAUCAUAUAAAUCAAGAUCAUCAUCACCAAGUAUAAUGUCAUUCAAAUCCACUCCAACGUCAAUAACAGAAACGUCAUCAGUAAAAUCAGAAGAUUAUGAUGAGGCAUCAUCAAUUUUAACUAUAGAUACAUUAAAAUUAAAAGAUGAUAGUGAUUUAUCAUCUCAAAAGAAUCAACAACAAAACUAUAAUAUUCAACCACCUGAAUUAUCAAAAUUACCACCAGAAAUUAUUAGACCUGUUUUUAAAUUUGAUAUUAUUGUAUGUCAUGAAUCAAUGAAUGAAAAAUAUCAAAUUAUAAAUUAUAAAAAUUCAUUAGUUAAUCAAAGUUAUUUUAAUGGUUUUCAUCAACAACAACAACAACAACAACAACACUAUCAUCAUCACUACUAUAACAAUGUUAAUGGUAAUAAUCCACAGUAUCAUCAUUAUAAUCAACAACAUCAACAAAUGUCCACCACCAACUUUCCAAAUAAUCCACAAUUACCAUACAUGUCAUUAUUCGUAAAUUCAGAUAUAUAUGGUCAUAAAUUUUAUUUGAACGAAGAAGAUGACGAUGGGAUUUUUAUUGAAGAAUUGACUACCCAAGAUGAAGAGGAAUUAAAUAAACAACAACAACGACAACAACAACAGAAAAAUUCAAUAUUCAACACCACAAACGCCAAUGAUGGUAAAAAUUUAAUUCAAAUGAUCAAUUUAGGAAAAUCAAUAAAUGAAUUAAAUUACAUAAUUCAAGAAUUUAAAAAUUUCCUAAAGAACAGAAUAGAAAUAGAUAAUCAAAAAUUUGAAACUUUUUUAACUCAAAAAACCAUUUCAUCAAUGUCAAAUUUAAAUUUAAAUUCUUCAAACAAUAGUAAAAGUGGUUCAAGUGGUGAUACAUUAAAAAAUAAUUCAUUAAAUUUUAUUGAUGAUAAUUUUAAUGAAUUCAUUUAUUUCAAAAGAAUUAUUCCAUUCUUAAGUGUUGAUUCAUCAAAUGAAAUGAGAUUAUUAAAUGCUAAUUAA